ACCAAAUAUUUGAUUGAAUUAACAGUGAAUUUAGAAAUCAAUGUAUUCUUCAAACGACAAUAAGAAGCACAAGAGGUAUGAGAAGAUCGAGUUCUUAGGAGAGGGACAGUUUGCGACCGUAUAUAAGGCCAGAGACACACAAACCGAUGCCAUCGUUGCCGUCAAAAAGAUAAAGUUGGGCACAAGAGAUGAGGCCAGAGAUGGUAUCAAUAGAACCGCUUUACGCGAAAUAAAACUUCUUCAGGAAUUGUCUCACAGGAAU